AUUGAUGGUACGCUUAUCCACGGCCUGAGAAGGAGGACAUCAUCUCGGUCCUUUCUUUUAAAUUAGCCCAUCUCUCGUCUCGAGUCCAGAGUACUUCGGCACCUCUUUUUCUCGAGCAAGAACGAGCCACGUCUCUGUGGAAAGGAGCUCAUAAGCAAUCAUGACCAACAAGACCGAAGCCACUAGAUGGAACCAAUCCUAUACAGAGCCGGAUCCAAACAACUAUUCUGCAUACCAACGAGAGAUCUACAGCUCUUUGCAGGCUCCUACCUUCUCGACCAAGCCGUCCGAAUGGGAAUCUCUAGCUCGCUCCAAAGUUCCUGCGGCCAACUUCGGCUAUGUUUAUGGGUCAGCGAGCAGUGGUAAAACUCACACUGCCAACAUUUCUGCGUUUGAUCGGUACCGAAUCCGGCCCCAUAUGCUAGUCAAUGCCACUCGUCGCGAUAUGAGUGUCGAGCUAUUCGGAACCAAGUAUCGCAGUCCACUUCUGUUAGCCCCAGUUGGGGUCCAGAAUAUUAUGCAUGAGGAUGCUGAAGAGGCGACCGCAAAAGCUUGUCAAAAAGUCGGUAUACCUAUGAUUCUCUCCUCCGCUGCCACGAGAACCAUCGAACAAGUGGCUGCGGCCAAUGGCGCUGGAUACCGUUGGUAUCAACUUUACUGGCCGAGGCCUCAGUGGGAAGAAGUUACCGUUAGCCUGCUAAAUAGAGCGAAAGCCAGCGGGUAUAAGGUCCUUGUCGUCACAUUGGACACCUUCAACCUAGCCUGGAGGCCAACCGAUCUGGACACUGCAUAUCUGCCUUUUAUCUGGGGUGACGGCUGUCAGAUUGGACACUCUGACCCGGUGUUCAAUCGCAGAUAUGAAGAAAUCCAGAAGAACGACACAAGAGGCUACGGAGAGAAAUUGGCCGAGCUUUGGGCGAUGAUGAAGAGACCGGGUUCCGUUUACGGGGCGGCGCGAGUGCUAACAAACGUGUCUCUAUUGCAAAAGUCAAGGGCUUGGUUAGACGUCUUGAACUCUGGGACGUACAGGGAGUGGAAGCACUUGGAAAUUCUAAAGAAGCUCUGGGACGGGCCAAUUGUCCUCAAAGGGAUCCAGACGGUGGACGACGCUCACAGAGCCAUUGAUUAUGGAAUGGAUGGCAUCAUUGUGAGCAACCACGGAGGACGACAGUGUGAUGGUGCUAUCGCUUCCCUCGAUGCUUUGGCCGAGAUUGCCGCCGACGAAAGGGUUAAACGAUCUAAUCUGACUUUGAUAUUCGACAGUGGUAUCCGUACUGGGAGUGACGUCCUAAAAGCAUUAGCACUAGGCGCAAAGGCUGUUUGCAUCGGCAGACCUUUCAUGUAUGGUCUUGCCAUCGGGGGACAAGAAGGGGUAGAGCAUGUCCUCAGGUGUUUGCUUGCUGACACUGAUAAUAUGCUGGGGAAUAUGGGCAAGACCAGUGUGAAAGACCUCAGCCGACAUGACUUACAGAUCAGGUCAGAAUCAAAGCUGUAGAUAGGUUGAUAGAAAAGCCUUCCUUUUCGGUCCUCC